AUGUGCCUCUUGUUUGCCCCAAAAAUUCCUGGGCACACGCUGGUGCCAAUAGAACUCCAACCUCGUUGGACCUCGGUGAUUGGUCGCCGUUACCGGGACCGCACAACCACUCUUACUGACAUUCCGUGUCAGUUCGCGCCUGAGCUGAUUUCACAGUUUCCGUCACUUUAUCGCGCUGGCAGAAUGCGCGUGCACCUUUUAUUCGGCGGGUUGGAACCGUACACUCAAGAUAAAUCGCCUUUUCCGGACUCUGUGCUAUCUCCGUCAUCAGCAGCAGUUCCCUCAAAAAAGUUGCUCGUUUCCCUGCCUCAUCUUCCUACUCGUUCCUGCUUUCAGCUCAGGUGUACUGCAUGCCCAGCUUCUGGAGAUCUUGUAGCAAAGCUUUCAGAAACGCUUCUCUGUGUAGACGUUCGAGGUCAGCCGUGA